GCCGAUUGAACCACCGCCGCCGCCGCCUGAGAAGUAACCUUAACAGCUCGGAAUAGAAAAUGGGGUUAGAAAUUCUCAACUAUUCCAGUGUAUUUGAAUCAUUAGGAAACUUACUUUACUAUCUCUACAACUUGGGUCGAUCACGCCCACCAUUUCUGUGUCAAGAACUCCUCGUAGAAAUCUUGUCAUGGCUUCCGGUGAAAUCUCUGGUGCGAUUCAGGUGUGUGUCCAAAUCAUGGAAAUCUCUCAUCUCCGAUUCUCGUUUCGUAAAACUGCACCUUCAACGUUCAUCUUCUAGAGUUAACGCUGAUUUUUCCCAUGCACACUUUCUUACAUUAUGUGACACCCAUGCUUUUGAUCGAACAUAUAUCUCGUCUCGCUGCAUGAGUUCACUAGUGGACACUCAUUCAACCACUGCAGCAAGCCCUGUUUGUUGUCUCUCUGGGUACGAUUCCAUCGGAGCAUGCAACGGGUUGGUUGGAUUGAGCUACACAUAUUAUGUGAAGAGAAAACGUUUCUUCCGGGUUUGUUUCUGGAACCCGGCUACGAGGUUAAUGUCUCAACGUUCGCCGCGUUUAAGAAGCUCUGGUUAUUUUGGGUUUGGUUAUGAUUGUUCAUGUGACACCUACAAGGUGGUGAGUGUGUGUCCGGAGGAGACAAUGGUGAAUGUUUACAACAUGGGUGAUGAUCGUUGGAGGAGAAUUCAAGUUGUCCCUCUUCCCCGUUUGCGUUUGAUGCCACCUGCAGUUUAUGUGAGUAACAAUAUUAAUUGGUUAGCAACUCUACCCAUAGAUAUACUCUAUGGGAACCAUGGUGCUGAUCUAAUGGAUGCUGAUCCGUAUGUAAUUGUUUCAUUUGAUUUGGGGAAACAAAAGUAUACACAAUUGUCAUUGCCUUAUUGUCCUCGAAGUAUGAACGAUUACUGGGAAUUUCUGCCCGUUCUUGGGGUUUUGAGAGGUUGCCUAUGUAUAUCUGAAAAUAACGAUAAAAUUGGUAAUUUUGAGGUUUGGCAAAUGAAGGAGUUUGGAGUACAACGAUCUUGGACUCGGUUGUUUAGCAUUCAUGGCUAUGAGAAUUUUAUUCAGUUGCCUUGUUUUGCAAUGUGCAUAUCUGAUAAUGGUGAUGCCCUUUUGUUGUCGGUUUCUGGUGCGUCCCGAGGAGUUCUCUAUACCUUUCGAGACAAGAAAUCCCGAGGAGUUCUCUAUACCUUUCGAGACAAGAAAUUUCAAGGCACGGAAAUUGCUAAUGAAAUCGAUGGUUGCUAUACCGAGAAUUACAUUGAAAGUUUGAUGUGCAUUAAGACUAAUUUGUUUGGAUUUUUAAAUAUUGUUAGUGAUCAGAUUAAACGGGUGUACAAGGUUAACAAGGGUUGCUCCUAUAGGUACCUGAGAGAUGGAUUGAAGAGUUCCUUGGAAAGGUUGAGAGCACCUUCAAAGAGUGAUAUUGUUACAGCUAUUGCUGCCAAUGAUCUUCCUGUGGCUGAUGGUUUGUUGUCUGGUUUUCCCACAUGA